GAAUCAAGUGGAGAAUCGCUGCCCAAACUAAGUAGAAUUUGUCCUGCUAAAGAAUCGCAACACAUUCCAUUUUGCUGGAAUAGUGGUUCUGAUCUGUUAUAAGCGAGUUUAUGUCAUGAAAGACUUGUUUUGUAACGAGUUUCAGUUCUUCAUAUACGCCGAACUUAGAGAUCUUCGUUCGACUUUAAUCGCCAACUGUAUCUUCAACAAUUGUCUAACUUACACCACCGUCAUGUUGAAUGUUGUGACAAUCUAUGCCAUAUACAAGACAUCGACAAUGGAAAGAACUUUAAAAACUCUACUGCUGAGUCUCGCGUGCUCUGAUGUUGCUGUUGGUUUGUUCAGUCAACCAUUCUACACCUUCUUUCAGGUCAAUUGGUUACAACUGGACAAUCUUGGCUGUAACACUCUACGAUUGCUGUAUAUUUUAAGUCAUUUCUUCUCAGUUGCUUCGUUCUUUGGUGUUGUGGCUGUAAGUGUAGAUAGGUUUUCAGCUAUUCAUCUACAUCUCAGAUACCAAGAACUUGUUACUCACAAACGCGUUGUCGUUGUGGUUAUCGGAAUAUGGAUGUGGAGUGCAUUUGUUUCUUUCGGUUUGAUUCUGACAUUUGUGGUGUACAUCAAGAUAUAUUUAACUGCCCGACGGCACAAGAAUCAGAUUCAGUCUUUACAAGUACAAGAACAAGCUCAGUCUGAUGAAAUAAAGAGCUUUGCUCUCCUCUUUAAAUCCACAGUGGGUGUAUUCUACGUAUAUCUCGCGUUUUUAGUUUGUUAUUUGCCAUAUUUUAUUUGCCUUAUUUUGACUUCAUCUUCAGUAAAUUUUUUUCUUUUCUCAUUGACUCUUGUAUACCUAAAUUCAUCUUUAAACCCUGUCAUUUAUUGCUGGAAGAUGAGACACAUUCGACACGCUAUCAUGGACAUACUGUGGAAAGUGUCUCAGAGAAGAAAUCAGCCAUCUCGCGCAAUUUACAAUCGCGCAGCGAGCGUCGUCCAUGUUGAUAACUGAUCACUCCGUGACGUUUUCAAGGACUGUGUGCAUCAUUCUGGUGAAGUUGUUAAAUUAGCUAAACAUUUUCAGAAAUGGAAUAAGGUUUUGCCACAUAUCGUUUUGUGGGAUGGGUGUCCAAACAAUGUAGAGUAGCAUACGAAGUCAAUUUUAUUGUAAAACACAC